GAUUUGAUCCCUCCAGCUUUAGAGUCCAAUAUUUUUUAUUUAAUAAAUAUAAAAAAAUAAUAGUUAGAGUCUCUUAUUCUCUUAAAAAUUGGACUGAUCGAAGUUAAUUUUAUAAAUUAUAAUUUAAGAAAAUAGAGGUGCUUAAAGCUUCGAAAUAAUAUAUAAAUAAAUAAAUAACAUUAGCGGUUUCUUGAGCGCCUCGUAUAUUUCCGCCAUCUUGAGCUGGGAGAUGGCGGGCAUCGAAGGCCCUCUUUCCUCGUUCUCCCCAUCUUCUUCCUCGUAGCAAUUUCAAAUUCCCCGCGUUUUGCUCUUUCUCACAUGGUGGUUGCCUUCUGCGGAUUAAUUAUUUCUCCUAUGAAUGAUUGCUUCCAAUGCCGCUUUGCCAAGCAAUAUCAGAUGCGUUUGGUGGACGCUUCUCUUCUUAUUUACUGCAAGCAAAGCCCUCCAUCGUUGCCAUUCUUAGGGUUUGAGUGUGCAUCACGGUCGUUUUCCCCCUUUGACUUCCAUGGCGAAAGCUUGCAAGCUUCUUCUUCUUUGGAGUUUCUUAGGCUGAGGGAUUGCUGCUUUCCAAUUUCUAUCUUUCGCUCUCAGAAGCCGUGAUUGGACUAUCUUGGCUGGAGAUGGAAGUUCGGAUUUGGUCAUCGCGGGUCUUCCUGCUCUUUUUCUACUUUUUGUCGAUUGGAAUCGCUGAGCCAGUGGAAGAUAAGCAAGCGCUGCUCGAUUUCCUUGCGGAGGUGCCGCACGGCCACUCGCUGAACUGGAGAGAAGGAACUUUGGUGUGUGGAAACUGGAGGGGAGUGUUCUGUAAUCGAGAUCGCUCCCGGGUCGUCGAGCUUAGGCUUCCUGGGGUCGGGCUCAACAGCCGAAUACCUCCGAAUACGCUCAGCAGACUCACUGGGCUCCUCAUUUUGAGUCUUCGUGCCAAUGGUCUCACUGGCCCCUUCCCGGCCGAUUUUGUCAACCUUGCUGCUCUAACGGGACUACACCUUCAGCUCAACAGCUUCUCCGGUUCUCUCCCAACUAAUUUUUCGGCGUGGAAGAAUCUUACGCUGUUGGAUCUCUCAUAUAAUGAUUUUAAUGGGAGCAUCCCCGCUUCCAUCUCCAAUCUCACUCAACUCGCCGCUUUAAAUCUCUCCAACAACUCUUUAUCUGGCCGAAUUCCGGAAAUCCAACUCCCAAGGCUUCAGUUUUUGAAUCUCUCCAAUAACCACCUUAAUGGCAGCGUCCCAAAAUCACUUCAGAGGUUCCCAAAUUCCUCCUUUUCAGGCAAUGAGCUUACUCCAGUUUUUCCGGCUAGCCCUUCGCCUUUACUACCAUCACAAUUGUCUCCUUCGGACCCACCAACAGCAAAUUCCAAUGUUUCCAAAGGGAAGAUUACUGAAUCUGCGCUUCUUGGAAUUGUACUUGGUGCUACUGCUCUGAUGUUCGUGGCCUCUACCAUCUUACUGGUGCUGUGUUAUUUGUGGAAGCAUAAUAGGACUAUUGCCUCAGGGAAGGAAUCAAAAGGCCAUGAGUCUCCGGAGAAGGCUGGGGCUGUGAGUCAGGAUGAGAAUAACCAGCUUGUCUUCUUUGAAGGUUGUACCUUUGCAUUUGAUUUGGAAGAUUUGUUAAGGGCUUCAGCUGAGGUGCUUGGGAAAGGUACUCACGGGGCAGCAUAUAAAGCGGUGUUGGAGGACACCACGAUUGUGGUGGUGAAGAGGCUCAAGGAAGUUUCGGUUGGGAAAAAGGAUUUUGUGAUGCAGAUGGAGGUGGUGGGUCAGGUUUUGCACGAGAAUGUGGUGGAGUUGAAGGCUUAUUACUACUCAAAGGAUGAAAAGCUUAUAGUAUAUGACUACUAUAGCCGGGGGAGUGUUUCAUCAAUGCUACACG